CUUUUGGGUUGAGUUAGGCCUAGUGUCAUAUCUUAAACAUUUCUCAGAGAGUGUCGAAGAUCGAGCAAGUUUUUUUCUUGUUUCUCGUUAUUGGAGCAAGUCAUUAUGGAAGAAAGGAGGGAGAUUGCAAAAGAUGUCACGGAACUUAUUGGAAGCACUCCUAUGGUAUAUCUCAACAAAAUCGCGGAAGGUUGUGCUGCCAAAAUUGCAGCUAAAUUGGAGAUGAUGCAACCAUGCUCAAGUAUCAAAGAUAGGGUUGCAUUGAGUAUGAUCAAAGAUGCAGAAAACAGGGGCCUGAUUACUCCUGGAAAGACGGUCCUCAUUGAGAUAUCCAGUGGAAAUACCGGCAUUGGUCUUGCCUCUAUGGCAGCAGCUCGUGGCUAUAAACUUGUCAUAAUGAUGGGAGCCGAAUUUAGUAUUGAGAGAAAGAUAGUUCUUAAAGCUUUGGGGGCUGAGGUCUACAUCACAGAUCCUGACAAAGGUAUAGAAGGAGCAAUUCAGAAGGCCCAAGAGAUAUUAGAUAGGACGCCAAACAGUCAUUUUCUUCGUCAAGACAAGAACCCUGUCAAUCCAAAGAUCCAUUAUGAAGCAACUGGACCUGAAAUAUGGAAUUGUACAGAAGGAAAAGUUGACAUUUUUAUUGCUGGGAUUGGGACUGGAGGCACAGUGACAGGAACUGGAAAGUUUCUCAAGGAAAAGAAUCCAGAAAUAAAGGUAUAUGGUAUAGAACCAGCCGAAAAUGCAUUGCUAAAUGGAGGGAAACUAGGGCCACAUAAAAUCCAAGGAAUUGGUUCUGGUUUAAUCCCACCUGUUCUCGAUCUCAGCAUCCUGGAUGAAGUUCUUCAAGUAUCUAGUGAUGAUGCUAUUGAAAUGACAAAACUUCUUGCAUUGAAAGAAGGCCUGCUGGUGGGUAUAUCAUCAGGGGCUGCAGCUGCAGCUGCAGUAAAAGUGGCAAAAAGACCAGAAAAUGCAGGGAAACUUAUUGUGAUUAUAUUCGCUAGUUCUGGAGAGCGUUAUCUUUCCACCGUGCUGUUUGAUUCCAUUAGAGAAGAGGUGGAAAACAUGACUUUUGAGUAACUUUAUGCUUCUUUGGAUUGAGAGAUAGGGUAUUUAUGGAAGUGCUAGCUAUGUUGUAAAAUAGUAAAAACAACUGAAUUGUAAGCUCCUAAAUUGGUUAACGAAUAGAAAUAUACUUACCAUUUGAAUGAUAUGAAGAAAAGUUAUUUUCCAAUGGCA